AACAUUAACUUGGAGCUCUGAUGUCGUUUGGGGGAGAGAAGGUUCGAAAGUCCCCUGCAGGGCACAGCCUGCGGCUGAACGGGCUCAAAGGACAAUGCAAAUCCCAGUUUUUACGGUCGAUGCCUUUACAAACCGGCCGUUUUCUGGGAAUCCCGCGGCAGUUUGUCUGCUUGAAAAUGAGUUGGAUGAAGAUUUGCACCAGAAAAUCGCAACAGAAAUGAAUCUUUCAGAAACAGCUUUCAUCAGAAAGCUGCACCCUGGAGAUGACUUCACCAAAAGUUCCUGCUUUGGACUCAGGUGGUUCACCCCAGCCAGUGAAGUUCCUCUCUGUGGUCACGCUACCCUGGCAUCAGCUGCUGUGUUGUUUCACAUACAAAAAAAUACAAAUCCAGUUCUCACAUUUGUGACACUGAGCGGGGAAUUAAAAGCCAGACUAGUGAAAGAUGACAUUGUCCUGGACUUGCCACUUUAUCCAGCCCAUCCUCAGGUACUUGAGGAAGUAGAAGAAUUAAUAAAGGCAGCAGUUGGUGACAUGGCUGUUCAAGAUGUCCGUUACUCUCCUGACACAAGGAAACUGUUAGUCCGUCUCAGUGAUGCUUAUGAAAGGUCUGUGUUGGAAGAACUGAAAGUGAGUGCACAAAGCUUUUUGUCAGCUGAAAAGACGGGAAAAGUGAAAGGACUCAUACUCACUCUUAAGGGAAAUUCCAGUGGGAAAGGUCACGAUUUUUACUCCAGAUAUUUUGCACCUUGGUAUGGAGUUUUGGAGGACCCUGUUACAGGAUCUGCUCAUGCUGUGUUAAGCAGCUACUGGUCAGAGCAACUGGGGAAGAAAGAAAUGCUUGCCUUUCAGUGUUCCCGCCGUGGAGGGGAGUUGAAGAUUUGCCUGCGCAGCGACGGGAGGGUGGACAUUGCAGGGCAAAGUGCUGUGGUGUUAAAAGGAACCCUGACUUUCUGAAGGAGCUGCCACUAAUCUCCCACACCUUCACGGAACUCCUGUUAUGCUGAUUUUCUCUCAGCUCCAGGCAGUGAAUCCCCCUGUUCUCAGAAGUCUUGGAUUCCUUGUGGUCCAUUUUAAAAAGGGCUUGAAAAAUCUUCUGAUCUUCAAGAUCCUUGGUAUUGUUUUCUUCCCUCUUAAUCUUGCCACUUCACGUAUACACUGACUUCAAAGAAUGUUCAAGGGCAGCUGUCUUGUUUUUCUGCUUCUUGGAUUGAACUGUAGACAUCUCUGAUUGAUAAAAUAAUCAAACUUCUCCCAGAUUCAGAAUUUUCCAUGACAUCUGAGUUCCUUUCUUUGAAACAUGUAUUUUCUGUGCCAUAUAUUAAAAUGACAUUCAUGUUCAUUAAUUUAGUUGAAUUGAAAUGUGAAAAAAUACAAAUGUUUUGGAAAUGUG